AUAUAGGGUAAACCAGGGUGAGAUGGUGAACCGGGUGAGAUGGUGAACAGGGAUAUUUUCGUAAAUACUACCUAGAUGGCGGAGACUGUAUUAACACUUUCUUUCCGAAGGUUAAUUGUGUACUCGGCACGUGUGAUAUCGGUGUACUGUGCAAUAACCGUCAAUAUGCCAACAUUUUACAAACGUAAGAGAACAUCUUCUAGAGGUUCGUGGUCAGUGCAGCUGCAAAAUGCAGUCAACGCUGUUCAUAAUGGACAAACUUUGAAUCAAGCUGCUCGAACAUUUGGCGUUCCAUGGUCCACAUUGAAGCGAAGGAUUCAAAAGGGCGAUAUGACAAAAAAAACCUAUGGGACCAAUGUCUGUGUUAGGCGAGACGAAUGAAAAGAAAAUUGUUAGGCACAUAAUGAAGAUGCAAAAAUUUGGAUUCUCACCAACAAGAAAUGAAGUUCGUUCCAUAGCAUUCAAACUGGCAGAGCAGUUGAAAUUACGGCAUACUUUCAACAAAGAAAAUGAAAUGGCUGGUCUUGAUUGGCUUCAUUUGUUUAUGAGCCGGAACCCGGAACUUAGCAUUCGAAAAUCAGAAGGCAUCUCUUUAGCACGUUCUCGGAACAUGAACAAGACAAAUGUGUUGAAAUAUUUUGAUUUGUUGCAAGACAUUCUGGUAGAUAACGGUUUAGUAAAUAAGCCCAGUAAUAUUUACAACAUGGAUGAAUCUGGGCUGCAAUUAAAUAACAAGCCAGGAUAUGUCGUAGCAGCAAAAGGCUCAAAGAGUGUUACAAACGUAACAUCUGGUGAAAAAGGCGAAACAAUAUCCGUUAUCGCCUGUUGCAAUGGUGAAGGCACAUUUCUUCCUCCCGCAUGUGUCUUUAAAGGCAAAAAUGAAAAACCAGAAUAUAGGGAUAACAUGCCACCCGGUUCAACUAUCUACAUGUCAGUCAAAUCUGCAUAUGUUACAACGGAUAUUUUCUUUUUGUGGCUCAAGGAUCAUUUUUUGCCCAGAAAACCAGAUGGACCUGUCCUAUUAAUACUUGAUGGGCAUAGCUCACAUUGCUCAUCAGUAGAAACACUGGAAUUUGCUGAAACGCAUGGCAUAAUACUUUUAUGCUUGCCGAGUCACACCACACAUUACCUGCAACCCCUCGACAGGGCAUUUUUCAAGGCGUUGAAAACGUAUUAUAGCAAUGCUUGCAACUCUUACAUGAAGAUGAACCCUGGUAGAAAAAUAUCACGACUUAUUUUCGGGAAAUUAUUGUCUGAUGCCUGGGUUUUGGCUGCCACAGCAAAUAACGCUAUCUCUGGAUUUAGAGCAACAGGGAUUGUUCCCUUCAAUCCACAUGCCAUUCCGGAUUAUGCUUACUUAACAACAAGCGAGCCCGGAGAAGCAGGUUUGUUGCAGACAUCACCAGAAAGAGAUGAUAUUCCGCUACCAGGCACUUCCAAUUCAACGAACGAUGCCAGAAACUUUUCAGAAUCCCAAAGCUCUUCCAGCAUUGUAUUGGAAACUGAACCUUCCGCGAAUGAAAAUGUGACCCCAGGAAAACUUUUGGACGCAAUUUCGCCUGUGCCUGUCAUCGCUCAAGUUGAAAAAGUGAGGAAGAACUCUAGAAAUUUAGCAGAAAUUCUCAAUUCAGGCAGCAACAUUCAGACACUUAAAGACAAAAGGCAAAAAAAGAAGGAGAAAGAAGCAAAAAGCUCAAUGAAGAUACAAAAAGAAAACAAAGACCCUAAAAUCACAGGAAAGAAAACGAAAGGCUUGGCAAUCAAAGAGAAAUCGAAAUUACGAUCGACUGUUUCAUGGAGUGAUACGGAAUCUGAGUCAUCUGUAGAACUACAGCUCAAUGAUUCUGAUGAUGAUCCUAAUGAAGACGAAACUUGUUGCGUUGGUUGCGACGAGGAAUACAGUAAAACGAAAAAACCCGUUGACUGGAUACAGUGUCUCAAAUGUGAACGAUGGUUUCAUGAAGAUUGUACUAAAUACGGUGACUUGUGUGAUACAUGCGGAAAGGUUAAGUUGAGAAAGGUUUAAGUCAAUUUCUUCGUUCACCAUCUCACCCACUCUGAAUUCGCCAUCUAACCCACCAUGUAUGGGUGAGAUGGUGAAAGGGUAAGAAAAAUAAAAUAUUUUUUACGUCGUUAAAUGUCGCUUUGUUGUUCAAUUAGAGUUAUAUUUUUUAUUUAUAUGUCUUUUGUGAAUAGUAUGUUAUUUUAGUUGCACU